AUGCCUGAUGGUCAAAUGUCAAUGGUCAUUCGCAUUUCGCAGCUUGCUGCAGCCGCAGUCCUCCCGCCGGUCGAAGAGUUACUCUUGUGUGCAGCCUGCUGCGCUUCGUGUAUGGUGUACUGUGACACACUGGCUGUGUAUUAUAAUUUUAAAAAAAUUAUGUUAUGCCGACCGUGUGACUUCAGAGUUCAAACUUCUUAUCAUCACGAAAUACGGAUUUGUCUUGUGUUUUGCUCAACAGUUUGUCAAUCUGAGGCGGUGAAGCCCCAGAAUCAACCUUUGCUGUUAUAG